UUCAGUUGAUUAAAACAUAUCUUAUUGUAAGAAUAGAGUUUAGGUUCACAUUAUAGUUCUUUGAAAAUAAAUUUCCUUUAUCGUGAAAAUAUAUCCAGAAAAGAUGUCGACAAAAACUUGCAUCGUGUUCGUAUGCCUUGUCGUAAUGAUAACGUGGGUUGACGUGGCACAGGGACAAAACGGCACCUCAUCUACCACAGUCGAAGUAACUGAGCCAGCAGCGGUCCCUUCUAGCACAACGACAUCUACUCAAGGCCCAGGGCAGACACAAGGCGGUCAGCAAACAAAUGCACCAGACACUACAAAAACGACCAGUACUGAGAAUAACAACCCAACAGUGCCUGGCGGAGGUAAUACCAACCCAACAGUGCCUGGCGAAGGUGAAAAUAAUUCAACCUUGGGUGGGAAUAAUACAAUCUCAACCACUGUGCUGACGACGACUUCUGGAAGCAAAUGCUUCGAAAACUCCACAUUUCAAAUCGCGUUGCUAUGUUUUCUUCAAGCUAUAUUUUUAAAGGCAUUUUAAAUGCAGAUAAUCUAAAUCCCUACAAGUAAAUUAUACAUUUAAUCCGUUGCUUUAUUGUACUUUACAUGGACAUAUUAGUUAAAUCUGCUUACAUUGAAAAUGUACGAUUUUGAUUGCUUUUCUUUUUACUUACCAUUGAAAAUCUGGAUUUGAUGGACAAGGCAGCAACAUGGAAUCUAUAUAAAUGUUUUAGACCAAAAUGGCUCGUUAAAAAUAUACACAAUUGCUGUGCUAAUUUAUUGCAUAAUUCACGCUAUUGCUAUGAGCAAAUUAAGAGCGAGUGUUCAUCCAGCCAAGAUAACAAUUCGUCUAAAAUAAUGACGUCUACAUCACAAAAUACGACAUCGCAUCCAGUACCGAUACAUUAUGUGCUUACGCCUCAAAUGUAUGGCAUUGGUCAUCGACACAAAUCUUAUCCUUGGGUUUUAUGAACUUGUAAUACUUUCGUGACUAUAUAUUUGAAUAAGUGAGAUACAUUAUUUUGGCUUGCAUUUUGAUCAUGAUGAAUAUGUUUAUAUUGUGCAUUGACAGAUGAUGUAGAUACAUUUUGACAUCAACUAGAGCACAAAAUACAUUGCUUUUUAUAUGUAAAAUGACUAAUAUAAUACAGUAAUUGUAACGAUUA